AUGUCAAAUCUACUUCCUCUUCCUCCUCCACCGCAGUCACAACCUCCCGAAACGCCGCCAUGGGAUACGCCGUCUUCUUCUAUGUGGUAUACUCCAAGAACCACACCAUGGAGAACACCACGAAGCACACAAGCCACACCACUUAACCAAAUGGUCUUAACGAAGCCAGCCAUGGUUAACUUCAAUGGUGUUGAUGCAGAGCCGAAGAAAGAUUCGGUGAUUCUCCGGCUGCCACGGAGUAGCAGGACCAAUCUGUGGAUAUGGUGUGUCGCAGGUUUAUGUUUCGUGUUCAGCCUUUUGCUUAUCUUCUUCGGAAUUGCUACUUUGAUUGUGUAUCUUGCGAUUAGACCAAGAACCCCUGUUUUUGACAUCCCAAACGCGAACCUACACACAGUUUACUUUGAUUCAUCGGUGUAUUUCAAUGGUGAUUUGUCCAUGGUGGUGAAUUUCACAAACCCCAAUAAGAAGAUAGAAGUGAGGUUUGAGCAGCUUAAGAUAGAGCUCUUCUUUUUUAAUAAAUUGAUUGCAGUGCAAGCGGUCCAGCCAUUCUUGCAGAGAAAACGAGAGACGAGGUUGGAACCGAUCCGUUUGAUCUCAAGCUUGGUCUGCUUGCCUGUAAACCACGCAGUGGAGCUCAAGAGACAAGUGCAGGAUAACAAGAUAGAAUAUGAGAUUAAAGGUACCUUCAAAGUCAAAGCUCAUUUUGGAAUGAUUCAUUACUCUUAUUGGUUGCACGGGAGGUGCCGUCUUCAAAUGACUGGUCCACCAACUGGAAUCCUGGUUUCUCGUAAUUGCACAGCGAAGAGAUGA